GCUUUGUUUUUCAGCGUGAUUACAUCACGUUACGUCACAGGAAGUAUUUUGAAAAUCUAGCAUAGAUAGUUGUUGCGCCAGCUUUUAAAGGUUUAAAAAAAAUGGGCGUAAAGGGUCUUCAAAGUUUCAUGGAGCGCUGUUGUCCGGAAGCCUGUGUCACCGUGAACCUAAGAGAAAUGGCCAGACGACACGCUGCUCAAACACAGCAAGAUCCCACACUUGUUGUGGACGGCAUGGCCUGCCUGUGCCACUGGUACUCGUGUGAGGACUGGGUGUGUGGGGGACAGUGGAAGGAAUAUGUGGAUGUCCUGAAGAGCUGGGUGGAUGCAUUUACCUCUGCAGGCAUCCAACUGGUCUUUUUCUUUGAUGGGGUAGUGGAGCAACGAAAGAGGCAAGAGUGGAUAAAGAGAAGACGCAGAGUAAACGGGGAUGUUUCAAAAAUAUUUCGACACAUAAAGGAACACGGAGAGAAACCUCACAAAGAGCUUUUUUGUCUGCCGUCUGCUCUGGCAACAUUCACGCCUUUUGCUCUGAGGUUUUUGGGGCAGCCAGUGUUUUGCUCAGUGCGUGAGGCAGACUAUGAGAUUGCCAGUUAUGCGCGUCAGUAUGGGAGCAUGGGCAUUCUGGGACAGGACUCAGACUUCAUCAUAUACGACAGUGUCCCCUACUUCUCUGUGGCAAAGUUGCGGAUAAACAGUCUCACCACAGUCAUGUACGACCGCGAGAGGCUCUGCAGAACCAUCGGGCUGCCUGUUACCCUGCUACCUUUACUGGCCUGUCUCCUAGGUAAUGAUGUUGUUUCAGAGGAGCAGAUGCAGUCCAUCAGGAACAAUGCCAUGGCGACAUACAGAAAAAACUGUUCAGCAUCGAGACCCUGUGCUCCUCAGGGUCAGAUGGUGGUAGCAUUAACUCAGCUUCUAAGGUCUUUGAGCACCAGAGAAGAAGAAGAUGCUGGAUCUGUACUACAAUCUCUUAACUUGACAGCCUCUCAAAGAGAUCUAGUGCAGCAGGGGAUUUUCUCCUACUUACUACCAGGACAAAACGACUUUAAACUGUUUGAUGGAUCAGAAACCCCAUCUGCCUUUGAAAAGCACAUUAAUCCAGAAAUAUUAAAGGCAUGUAGACAGAAACAUGUGGCAGCAGAAGGUUUCAUGGUUUAUAAUGUCGUGUGUGCUGGAGUGACUGAAUGCAGCAACUCACUGGAAGAUGAGGAAGAUACUGAAUUGUUGCCUCAAGCCGUCGUCUACAAACCCUGCCGACAACACAUUUAUGGGCUGCUGCUGCUCGGUCAAGAUGGUGUGUUUACCACGUGGAUCUAUCUGAUCUAUCUGUCUGGAAGUGGAUACAUCAGAAUGGAGUGGAGCAGAAAGCUUGUGGUCCACCUAGCAUAUUUUAUAGCCAACACUUCUGAUGUUCCAGCUGUAAAGGAAUGGUUUGUGUAUCCAGGAAACCCUUUGAAGGAGCCUGAUAUGGUCCAUCCUGUCACAGUAAACUUACCAUGUGGACGACCAUGUUUGGAGCAGUUAUGGUUUGGCAAUGGCCCAGAGGUUUUUGCUCUUCGACUGGCAACCUUUUUCUCAAUUUUUGACUGUAGCGAGUACACUGAGUUGUAUGGUGCGAUUGAAAACAGUCUUCUGGCUGCCCUCUGUCUGGUCACGUACAUAGUUCAACAGGUUGAGGCUUUGUCUGAGGAGGACGUUGAUGCUUACCUGAGUCAGGCUCUGUGUCUGAAACUGUAUUCUCCCCAGCAGCUUCAGAACAUCGAGCUUCCUGCACUUUCCAGUCGUGCGGUGCAGCUGGGAUCUCUGUUCGUCCGCGGGCUGAGCCACCUGCUGGGUGCUAAUACUGCCAGUGGUGGACCGCUGCCCAGUGAUGCUUUGAUGCCUUGGCACAGCUUUGAUGGCCGUUUGUUCCACUCAAAAUACCUGCUGGCACACAGUGGCAAAGAGAACUCUGAGCUGCUUGACAACAACAUGUCUUGCAUUUCUCUGUUUCUUCAAAUGAAAGAGAAACUUUUAGAAACCUGCAAGAAAAGAGGCAGAAUCCUUCAAACCAGACCCAGGGCAACGCAGCAACACCUGAAAGCAACAGCUACAGUUUUUUCUUUGAGUGCUGGUGAACGUGGGAGAGGAAGAGGAGUUACAUCAGGAGGUCACAGAGGCAGGUGGGGUUGGAGGGAAAGAGGGGAGGAUAGAAGAGACAGAAGUGGCUCCGAUAGACCUUGUGACAGAGCAGGAAACCAAGAUUUUCGUUCAUUUUACCCAAACUACCAAAAUGCACAACACCAAGACAUGAGCUGGCGACCAAGACUGUCCAGGGGUCCAUCGCGUCAUCCUCGGAGGAGAUACCAUUUGGCUCCAAGAUGGCCUCAGCCUCCUGCUCCAUGAACUUAGCUGGAUCCUACUGACAAAGGAAUUAAAAUCCAGAGAAGGGACUUAAUGAAUUAAGAGGAUAGGAAAACAGGAUGAAAGGAGAUAGGUAGUCAAGUUUCCCUGAACAAACUGACUUGACGUUUUCCCAUUAAUGUUUGUUUAAAGGAUGUAGUAGGAAGAAAAACAAGGAAUUUAGAGAAAGGCAAGAAGAGAUCCAGUCUACUUUCUACCUUCAAUUUGAGGUUUAUCCUAAAAUAGUCUGUUUGUGCAUCUAAAAAAUGCAGUAAGGUUGUGAGUCAGAGGCCUCUGUCUUAUUUCUCAGCAUAACAUUUCAAUGUUCUUUUAAAGAAAAUCUGACCAAAAGCAAAAACAAACUGAGAAUGAGGCACUUCAAACCUCCACUUAGAGUUGGAUUACGUCUUAAUCCUGAACUCUGAUUCUGUUUUCCAACUAAAGCAGUGAAAAUAAGAGGUUAAGAACUGUUUUAUUUAGAAGCAUAAUCCUUUUAAAGGAAUGCAUUUAACCAGAGAAACAGUAUUGUCUGUAUCAAAUAUCAAAGGACAUCAGGGUUUUUGUCAUCAAAUGUGUCAGAAAGUCAGACCACCAAAGAAGAGAUUUUGGUAACUCAAAUGAGUUUGACAUUCGGAUUUCCUGUAUAUCCUCUUAUUUUACAGUUGGGACACCAAAGAUAACUUUGGUUGAUUUAUCUACAUUUUUAUUAAUUCAUUUGUGUCUUUUAACAAAUAUGUUAGGAUUUACCUGUAAAUAUUACAACAUUUUGUUAUCAUUGUGUUGUGAAGUUUAUAAAGGUUAUGAAACAAAACCUGUUGGUGUUUUUAGUAACUUCUGACAGUUAAUAUUUUUAUUAUAUAUUUAUAAAAAGGGGAGAGGGUCUUCAUAAACUGCUGUGCAGACUGUAAAAACCUCUCACAAAGGAAGACGAUGCUGGGAAAAUAAUCCCAAAAAAUAUUUUGUUUUUGUGUUUAUGGUUCUGUGUGGGCAUGUUUGUAACAAAAGUUAAGGAGAUAUGUGGAAGUGAUUUGCUCUGCAAAUAUAAAGCAGUCAGUUUGUUGACUCAGUCCUGCUGUCACAGUGUUUGCUGCUCCAUGUGCCACCGACCACACAAACAAAGGCUCCCUUAACGGUAGAAGACAGUUUUUCAGUAAUAAAUGCUGUUUGCUGUCUGAAACUUAGUGUUUUCAUGUAAAAACAUUUGUUGAUAAUAAAGCUAAAGAAACAUCUGCUAAAUUU